AUGAAUACUCUCCGCGAAGACUGCUGCGUUUGCCUCCGCCGCACCCGCCGACGGACGCCCUGCCAGCAUCCACUGUGUAGGUACUGCUUCAAGCGCCUGCGGAGACGAGAAUGCCCCUACUGUCGGAGCGAGCUGGUCAUGACUGUACAGGAGAUCCAGCACAGACCAACACCUUUAUCACCAGAGGAUCUGGAGCUGUUGCGAAACUGCGACAGCUUGGACCAACUGCAUGAGGUGGCCCUGACACUGUCAGGAAAGAUGCCGACGAGCUCACCAAGUGACCGUCGAAACGUUAUGGCUGCUGUCGCCAAGCGCUGUUGUUGCUUCACCAGCUUGGGUUGGAGGUCUCAACUGGAUGCCACCGCCGCAGCACGAGUGAUGUCGGGCCUCGUGGAGGAUGGCUUGCUGGAGCCUUCACAAAGCCUGCAGUCUGCCAUCGUCGAUGCCUUGCUGCAGCUUUGCUCUCAUCCGGCCCGGCCUUCGCGGCCGGUGUCAGCGUGUGGACGGCGCCCAGUGUCAGCUUCAUUGGCCCAGAGCAAAGCUCCGGGCUUGCCCUGCUGGCUGCAGAAGCUGGGACUUCUGGCCACCUUUGCCGGCUCCCGACUCAUCACGGAUGGCGCCAACUCUGUCGCGAGCUUGCUUCUGGACGACCUGCGCCGCUGCUUGCCGGACACAGCCAGAGAGCUCUUGGCUUCAACUGAAGAGCUUGGCAGAGGGGCAGCUCUACUCCUGGAGGUGGACUCAGCGAGUGGGGCGAACUCCUCGAGCUCCCUACGAAGGGUUCUCGCGGAGGCGCUGGGGCGCAUGGAGAGCCUAGAGGGCCCGGGGAGCGUGGCGGAGGUGAAGACCGUGCUGAAGGCGAUGGGUCUCGCCCGAGGCGAUGAGCCCAGCCUGGUGAAGCCCGGCGAGCGAAGAAGGCCGAAGUCUGCAGCAGGCAUUGGCGCGGUGCGAAAGACUCGCCCUGCUCCUCUCAGCGCCAGAAUUGCCGGUGGUGUGUGA